AUGACCGGCUUUGUGGUGGUUUCCCAGCAUGAUCUGACUAUGUUGUUAGAGGUUAACAAGGGGGUAGAGUCUGUCCUGCUGCCCUGCCAGUACUCCGGUAUUAUACCUGAGAUAAAUCCCAUUGUGAUGUGGACUCGCUAUGAUCUCAAUCCCAAAUCUGUCCACUUACAACGAGAAGGAGGAGAUGAUCUUGGAGAGCAAAACCAGCAUUACAGAGGGCGCACAUCAAUGAGGCCUGAUGCUCUGGACACUGGAGACUUCAGCCUCACUCUGAGAAACCCAGAACUGACUGACAGCGGCAACUACACCUGCUCCUUAGCUGAUAUAAGAGAAGAGCUGAGAUGGAUGGAUAUACAGCUUGAGGUCAAAGACCAGCAGGUGGAGGUAAAGGUGGAGGAAGGCUCAGAGUCCGUCCUCCUGCCCUGCAAAACAAAACCCGACCUGCCCGAGGACACCAGAGUGGAGUGGACUCGCUCUGACUUGGAACUUCUAUUGGUCCAUGUGUAUUCAAACGGUGACCACAUUAAGAACCAGGAUGGUGUUUAUAGAGACAGAACAAGGAUGAAUGAAGACCUGCUGAAAACUGGAGACCUCAGUCUGACCCUGAAAUACCCCACAGAGAGAGACAGCGGAGAAUACAUCUGCACCAUCUACAGGGACAAAGACAUCCUGAGACAGAAAGUAGUGCUGCAGGUCAAAGAACCAUUUCCAUCCUGGGCCACAGCUCUCCUGGUUCUCCUGGUUCUUCUUGUGAUUUCUGGAGGUCUUCUAUAUUAUUUCCGGCACUAUUUCAUGUCAGUCCCCUGGGUGGGGUUGGAUUCAGGGGUGGAGUCUGUCCAGCUGAUCUGCAAAACCACAGUUUGUCUGCCUAGAGAUGCUAAAGUGGAGUGGAAGGAUGCAAACAACAGGAAGGUCCACGUGUAUGAGAACGGCUCUGACCAGCCUGAAGAACAACAUGAGGAUUAUAAAGCCCGAACGAAGAUGAAGAGGAAGGUCCUGGAACCUGGAGACCUCAGUCUGACCCUGAAAUACCCCACAGAUGGAGACAACUCCACCUACACCUGCACCGUCUACAGCAGGGAGGAAACGUCCUGAUGGAGAAACAAGUGGAGCUGAAAGUCAGAGUCCCCCAGGUGGAGGUGGAUUCAGGGGUGGAGUCCAGCUGCCCUUCAACACCACACUUCACCUGCCUGAAGACGCUAAAGUGGAGUGGAUGGACAAUUACACGAUCCUCAGUAUACCACACAACAGGAAGGUCCACGUGUAUGAGAACGGCUCUGACCAGCCUGAAGAACAGCACCAGGCUUACAGAGACCGAACGAAGAUGAAUGAUGACCUGCCGAAAACUGGAGACCUCAG